AUGGACCAAGUAUCGCAAGCGGCUCCGCCGUUUUACCCGUUGACGGAGAGUAACCAUGCUGCACUUGUUGUCAUCACUGCUGUUAUUUUCUUCAUCUAUGCGAUUCUUGGUAUUAUUGGGAAGUUGAUCAUUCGGUUGAAUAUUACUUCUAUGAAAGAUUUCGACGUGGGGUUGCUGCUUGCUUCGUUGUUGUACUUUAUACAAACGGCUUGUGUUGUUGCUGCUUGCAAUUAUGGACUUGGUGAGCAUCGUGAUGCUCUGUCUGAUGAGGACUUUGGCCGUUUCAGCAAGCUGAUGUAUGCGUCACGAAUAUUCGGGAUUCUUGUUCAUGCGACGACGAAGGUCUCACUUGGGCUUCUUAUCCGACAGAUCGAUCGGCAAGGCGGACUCAAUACUGCGAAUAUGAUCCUUGGCGGAGUUGUCGUUGCAUGGGCUAUCUCUGGAUUAUUCGCGACCGCUUUCCAAUGCUCAAUGCCGGAACCAUGGCUUGCUGAGAACGCAGCGCAAUGUCCGAACCAAGGGCCAGUCUUUCUGUACAAUGGCAUCAUGAUCAUCUUGACAGAUAUCGCUCUGUGUGUUCUCCCAGUUGCAAUGAUGUGGGAAGUCCAAACCUCGAUGCGAAGAAAGAUGAUCGUCAUGGCGCUUUUCGGCACGCGACUCAUUGUCCCGAUCAUCACGAUACCCGAGCUUGUUCACGCACGAUACAUGUUUAACAAUUCAGACGACGUCACAUGGCAAGCUGUCUCGAUGAUGAUCUGGGGUCAAAUUGCACUCGGCCUCUCAGUAAUCACAGUCUGCAUCCCAAGUCUCAAAGGCGUAAUCGACAGUCUACUCGGUUCUACCGCUGUCGCAGCUAUCAACACCCCAUACGAACUUAAAGACAGCGGUAACGGAACCGGUCUCGAGAUGACAGCUCUUUCCGACUCACGAACGAAACAAACAUCGAAGCAAGGCAGUGGCUUAGGCUCAAACGUCGGAGAAUUAGCUCCUCCUCGCUCGCCUCAGCCGCACCACGGGCGCAAGACGGUAGAUCUGAGCUUCUUCAGUUCCCUUCUCCCGUAG